AUGAAUAUCUUUCCAGCACAAAGUUCUGAUAAAUUAGUUUUCAAAAUCUGGAACAGUACAAGACACAAGAAGACGAUUGUUACCAUGAGAGAGUCAGAAGAAAACCUGCUCCUGAGGCUCAUAACCAAAGCAUCAGAAAAACUGAAGAUCCUUGGCACAGAACUGGUACUAGAGAGUGACGGAACGAAAAUCGAUGAAGAUGAAGUACUAAAGUUGAUCAAGUACGAAAUUUUAAUUCUCCUGCAACCCGGGGAGGAAUGGAAAAAACCAAAGUACGACCCGCCUAAUAGUACAAAACCCAAUUCCGAACAAGACACCUACGAUACCAUCGAUGAAUCAUUCGGAUAUGCCCAAAACAACAUGGACCUUGGAUCCAAAGAACCCAACACUGGUCACCGCCACAAUGAAGAAGACAGUUCCAAUUGCCUCUGCAAGUUCAAGAUUCCCUGGGAAGAAAUAUUCUCGCGUAACAUCCUGAUGGCUUGCGAACAGGGCAAUCGGGAUAAAAGGCUCAUCACUAUCAUUAUACACGGGGUGGUGAAUAAGAUGCGAGAGAGCAAGAGUUGCUUCGCCUCUCAGUCGCAAGCCUCGAAGAUGGUCACCAAACAAAUCAUCUCGAGGUUUCCGUUGACUUUUCGAGAACUUGAUGAAAAUGACUUUCUAGAGUUCGAUCAGAUCCUCAUUCCGCCCACCAUCAAGAAACUGCUGGACAAAUCCAGGAUGAAAAAGGAACAGAAAGAGCUAGUCGAAAAAGCUCAGGACAACAGAAUUCGUCCGGGUUACAGCCCGGACUCGCAGUUUGCCUGCCGCCAUUGUGGGAAAAGGUACAAGUGGAAGUCGACCAUGAGGAGACAUGAACAGGACGAAUGCGGGGACCAGGAGCCGAAAUUCCAGUGCCCCUAUUGCCCCUACAAGGCUAAGCAAAAGGGGAAUUUGCGAGUGCACGUCAGAAAACAUCACUCGCCUUUGAAUCCGGAAGAAUUCAAAACGGAUAUUAAUCAAAAUGUCCAAAUUUGAAUAAUGAUAUAAAGAAAGAGCUCAAACCAAUAUGCGCAUGUUGGGAUUCUUGGCAAACUUCAACUGCAAUGGAUUUUGUUUAAUUCAUCCCUCAUUCUUACAAAAUAUUUAAACUCAUUUGUUUGUUUUUUUUCAUCGAGGGCAAUAUAUUUGUUCAUACAGGAUUAAAGUAAGCAUUAAUAAGGGUAUGAUAAGA